AUGUCUCAAAAAGAUAGCGCACACUCGUUUGAGUCGGCCAUAGCCGAAAACUCAAGCGAUAAUAAUAAAAAAAUAGAAGUUGAGCGGCCUUCUACGCCAACAAACUCAUCGGAAAGAAUAUACUCCAACUUACAAAAAAAAAACAGAACACCUCCAACUCCUUCAAAAAGACCAAACAAUAGCAAAAAACACACCACUGCAUACAAUAUUGAAAUAAAUAAAAAAGAAAAGUUCAACAAACAACUUGUUAUUCAAGAAAAAGCAAAGCAAAACUCGUCUAUUUCUCCAACCAUAUUUUCAUCAUUAUAUACUUCAUUCUCCAACAUGGGAAA